UCUACACACACACACACACACACACACACACACACACACACAGAGGCGGGCGUGUCCAGGUGGCGAUGGGAGUAUUAAUAGAGAGAAGUCCCUCAGGUCAGCUUCACACCAACCAGCUUUCUACAGCCCCAAUACUGCUCCUGCACAUCUCAUCCAUUUCCUCCUCUUCCAACUAUAGCACUUCUCCGUUAUGGCGGCACUGUGGCUCCAUACUGCUUCCAUGCUGGUCUUACUGGUCAUGUCAUGCCCGGGCUCCCAAGCCAUUGCCUCGCAGUACCUGUGUGGCUCCCACCUGGUCGAUGCUCUUCACCUGAUCUGCGGAGACAGAGGUUUUACCUACAUGCCCAUGUCAGACGCCAACCCUGUGCCCCGCGUCCUCCCUCCAAUGGCAGGAGGAGCAGCGUCAGUGGGCGGCGAGAACGAGGGCGCCAAGUUUGCCUCCCAGGACCAGAUGGAGAUGAUGGUGAAGCGAGGCAUUGUGGAACAAUGCUGUCACAGGCCCUGCAGCCUCUAUGACCUGGAGAGCUACUGCUAUUGAACAGCCAGCAUAGCUUAGCUUCUUGGAUAACUGAGCGUGCAACCUCUCCCCUCCCUACUCCCGCAAUCAGCAGGAGAUUGGCAGUGUUGUUGUCUCUCUGUAAAGUCAAGUGUUUUCAAAUGAAAUGCUGAUAAGUUACUGAAAUUUUUUUUUUUUUUUCCUAGAAAAUAAAGUUCUAUAGUUGAGAGAGAGUGACUGGUUCUUUGACAGUUAUUUAUGGUUUGUUUGUUUUGUUUUUUAUCUUUAUCUUUUUUAUAUUUCUAUUGUCAACCUCACAUUCAGUCAAGUCAAUUGUAAACAACCAAUUGUGUUGCACAGUUGUGAAGUCAGUGGUAUAAUCCACAGCAGGAAUAUUAGAGGAGGUUUUUUUAUUAUAGAUUAUUUAAUUAUUUAUUGGACAGAUGACAACUGGCCGUUUCUAGCUUUUUUGGGGCCCUAUGCAAAAUCUUGUGUGCCUACCUAUAGUGCAGAGCACAUGUAACAAACAAGGUAAUGUACUGUUCAUUAGCACUGUCUUAUUUGUGUCUCACUAAAUCAGUCGUACAUACUGCAAUGUUCAACUUCUAUUUGUGGACGUGUUGCUAUGGUGUUCGUAUGUGUGUAAUGCGUUGUUAUCAACUGGCAUGACGACAAUCAGCAUGCAAUGACAUGAACAAACUCGCCACUUUUUGUAAAUGGUAAACUGAACGUAGCAUUAGUGCACUAUAAGCUAGACAUUGCUAGGGUGUAAGCAGAGGUCCUCGUUGCUUUGUAGCCCCACCCAAAUAAAUGAUCGCCUGCUGAACCUGGCCUCAAGUCUGAGUGUGUCACCAAUGUCUGUGUUUGAGCAGCGCAGAUUCCCCUCCCUCACUGUGAUUCUUAAUGGAUAUGGCUCAUUUAAAUUUAGCCUGUUUGAAAAGGUGGUCAGUCAGCAGUUCAUCAGGAUCAUGCGGGCACCUUCUCUUUGA